CACUUUCCAUACGGGUGCGACAGCAAGCUAUUUCCCGGGAAGUCGACCAAUACACAGCCAUGGGUAUCGACCUGGACCGCCACCAUGUGCGGAGCACCCACCGCAAGGCUCCCAAGAGCGACAACGUCUACUUGAAGGUUCUGGUGAAGCUCUACCGCUUCUUGGCUCGCCGCACCGAGUCCAACUUCAACAAGGCCGUCCUCCGUCGUCUCUUCAUGUCGAGAAUCAACCGCCCCCCGGUUUCCCUUUCUCGCGCUGUUGCCAACAUCAGUGAGGCGCAGAAGGGCAAGACCGUCGUCGUUAUCGGCACCGUCACCGACGACAACCGCCUUUUGACCAUCCCCAAGCUGUCGAUUGCUGCCCUCCGUUUCACCGCUACCGCUCGCGCUCGCAUUGAGCAGGCUGGUGGUGAGACUUUGACUCUUGACCAGCUUGCUCUCCGCGCUCCUACCGGUGCCAACACUCUCCUCCUGCGUGGACCCAAGAACGCCCGUGAGGCCGUGAAGCACUUCGGCUUUGGUCCUCACACCGACAAGAAGCCGUACGUGGGAAGCAAGGGCCGCAAGUUCGAGCGGGCUCGUGGUCGCAGAAGGUCCAAGGGUUUCAAGGUUUAA